AUGGCGGAUAGAUUCCCCUCGCUGGAGGAAUUCGAUUCCGGUGCCCAGACCGAUAUCAAAGUCGCCUCGGACAAUCCAUCUGCGGGCGAUUUCCUAGCGCGAGAGAAAGCCAUACUCGGGGACGAUGCCAAUCAGUUCGCUGCAUACGCUGAAGAUGGAGAGGGCGACGACGAUCUUCUUGGAGGUGGCGACGGCGCGAACGCCGGUAGCACCUUCGAGAACCAGUUCCCAGAUAUCAUGAAUCAGAAUGAGGCCGUUGCCCCCGGUGGUGCCAUCACCGGCCCGUCAGUCAGCUACAACUCCGGCUAUGGAGCCUACACCGAGGAGGAGGAGGAGCCCGAGGUGAUCAAGAACUGGCGCGAGAAGCGGGACGCCCAGAUCGCGAAGCGGGCUGAGCAGUUCGCGACCCAGCGACAAGAGACCGUGCAGGAGGCCCGACAGAACAUCGACGACUUCUACGAGAACUACAACAACAAGAAGGAGAAAGGUAUUGCCCAGACUCGCAAGGAGGCCGAGCAGUUCCUUGCCAGCCGUGAGGAUGUCACCUCUGGAGGCACGAGCUGGGAGCGAAUUGCCAAGUUGGUCGACGUGAGUGGGAAGGGAACCAAGGGUGGUGCGGCCGGUUCUGGAAAGGAGCGCUUCCGCGAGCUCCUCGUGAGCUUGCGGAAGGAUGAGAAGGCGCCUGGCGCAGAGGGUUAUUAA